UUUCUAAGCUUGGAUCAUCAGCUUGGGAGUGCAAAUAUAGUGCCCGAUGCAGCAUGGCAAGCCCAAACCCUUCAUGGACAGCUAUUAAAUUCACAUCGAGAAACCCCAGCUUUACACAAGAUCAGCCCCGUAACAGGUAGACGAGCACACCUUACGGAAAGGACGCAAGGCCACCCCAGACGGCCAAGGCGAGCAGCCUUGAACUGCAUACUAGGCAGCAUCUUGGUCUCUCAACCUCCACAGGGUUUUGAAGACUGGCAACGGCACGCAGUACCGCUAGUGCAACGAGAUCAGGGCGCUAUGCUCCUUGCCAUGCGUGCAACCCCUCCAUGGAUCACGGCCACACUUCUUCCUCCAAGGCAAGGUACCCGGGCGGAUGGGUGUGUAGUUGGCGAGUGCCCAUUUAGCUGCCUGGGUGAAGAAAGGACCGCGGAUCCAAUUAAGCCACCCACACUCUGGGUGUUCUGGAGGGUGGCACCCCGGUCUUCUUCCAGGAAAGAUGUUCCGUUAGCGCCGCCCUGUGGGUUCUCCGGUCACAAGAUUAGCAUCAAAGGUCCUCCUGCACCAGAGCCCGAUGCGUACUGGUUGGCGGAAAGCCUUGCCGCGGAAAGCCUGUCGUCUCUGUGCGGUAUGCCGGAACCCCGGACAAGACAUGAGAAGAAGUUGGGUGUCAUGCAGCAGCCAGUCUCCAGAUCGGAAUCUAGGGGAAAACAUAUGGUAACAUGCUGCAUUGUGUCUUCUUCCGCUUAUGGGAGAGUGCUGCGCCGUGUCACGGCAUCUCACUACCCCAGAGGCGCCGAGAUGUGUCGGGUUGUCGGUGCGGAUCUUGCAGCGGCAACUUUCCCUCCUGGGCUUUCGUCUACUUGGCAUGAAUCCCAGCUUGAAAAGGUAUACACUAUACAACUGCUGAUAAUGGCUAAGGUAGAACGCCUUACAACGAGUCGGAAACUUGAAACUCAGCUUGCACUUGGUCCAAUUUCAACUCGCUUGCGAGUGCCAUUGAAGGAUCAGCAAAAUCAGUGA